AUCACCAAUAGAGACUGCAAUCACUGAUUAUGCCUCUCAAUGAAGUCUCAUGACUUAGAUUUAAACAACGACAUAUCACUGUGCUUGACCGAAGGAGAUAGAGGGACGCAGGGGACACAUCCAAUUGUCAUAUCGGACAAAUAGAAACUGUGAGUAGCUCAAGAUCUCUCUUGAUUCAUUCAAUCUACAGCAAAAAUGCAACGUUAUGUUCUUUUUUAAUGGCAUGUAACAAUGGCUCAAUGUUUUCCAGAAAUAACUUCGAUUGCCUAAAUUGCAUUUAAGAAAGACUGAUUUAUAAAAUUUGUACAUAAGUAUCGGUGAGUUUUUUGUUUUUUUUAAUCCUUUAGUUUAUCUCAAUUCUCUUUUAGAAUUAAUCUGAGGAGCAAAUAAUAGGAUUAGCAGCAGAGUAAUAAGAAAUAAAAAGCAGAAAAGAGACAGUAAGAGUAAUUUAUUAAACUCAGAAUGUGCUUCAAAUUGCGUAAUCUAUGGCAAAUCCCUGAUAUAAAUCGAGCAGUUCUGUUAAGGUAUGUGAUAAGGAUGGGUCUCAAAUCUGCAAAUUAGAUUUUUGUGUAAAUUAGUGCCUGCUAAAACAAUGAACCUGGAAAAUGUCCAAAUUCUAUAAAAGUCUAGAAACGUGAGCAUUCACUAAACACCAAAUUGCCAUUAUUAAUUCAGAGCUAAGUAAAUUACGAGCAGCAGCGAUUUGAUGAUUACUGGACAGUCUGAUAAUAUACCAAAUAUAUGAGUUAAAGGUUUGAGUCCAGUGAUGAGCAAGCUUCUCACCUUGGGGUAAUUUCCAAAAACUUGGAUAUGGCAUUAAAGUCAGUCGGCACAAGAAAGCCUCAGGGAUGCCUACAUUGUUAUUCACUAAAAGUGGAAUUCCUUUGGAAUUCAAAGCUCAAUUUCAAAGUUACUUUUAUAUUUUUGGCCACAAUAUACAAGCUGAACAUAUAACAGACUCAGAAGGUUUUCCAAUUUAGCCACUAGCAAUGUUUAAAAUGUACAAUUCACUUUGAAUUCACACUGGAUAAUUAAAGAUUUAGUAAAUUAUAUCACUACCAAGUUCAAUCAGGGCAAAGCUAUGGAAAACAUUGCAAAUGAAGAGUAAAAAUAGAAACAUUAUCUUUUUCUCUGUAUGCUCUCUCUAUGCUGACUGCCAGUUGCAAAGGAUAGAGCCUAUAAUAACAAUUGCCAGGGGCCAAGAUGAAGGUACCGUGUUGCAGAGAUUUGGAUUUCUGCAUUUGAUCUCACUUUUCAUACCUGCCAAACACAUAUUUAUUAUUUAAAGGGUUAAAACUAGAGGGACCUGGCACCCAGACCACUUCAUUGAGCUGAAGUGGUCUGGGUUGCCUAUAGUGGUCCUUUAAUGAAAUAUAACAGAUUGUAUUGUAUAUUUCUGUACUGAUUGUAGGAAAUAGAUAUCAUUCAUGUUGCAAUUUAAAUAGGACACAAUGAAAUGAUUUUUAAAAAUGUAGAUAUAGAGAGGUCAAAUGAAAAUGUAAUACAAAAAAAAUACACUUUUCAUGGCUAAUGCCACAAUUUAGUUAAAUAGAGGGGAUAAACAUUAUCUUAAUAUUUCUAGGAAGUAUUUUUCAGAGAGAUUUCAUUUUGUGUCAUCAGUUAAAGGACCACUAUAGUGCUAGGAAAACAAACCCAUUUUCCUAGCACUGUAGGGUCAUUAGGUCCCCUUCAGCCACUUACCUUUCUGCAGCGCAGGGCUCCCCUGGUGCUGGUGACCUCUCCUCCUCAUGACGACGUCAGAUCCGAAAGCGCAUACAUGGCAAGAGCAGCAUGGGCAUUCAAACCGCCCAUAGGAAAGCAUUACUCAAUGCUUUCCUAUGGACGUCCAGCAUCUUCUCGCUGUAAUUUUCACAGUGAGAAUCGCGGAAGCGCCUCUAGCGACUGUCAGUGAGACAACCACUAGAGGCUGGAUUAACCCUAGUGUAAACAUAGCAGUUUCUCUGAAACGGCUUUGUUUACAGCUGCAGGGUUAAAACUAGAGGGACCUGGCACCCAGACCACUUCAUUGAGCUGAAGUGGUCUGGGUUGCCUAUAGUGGUCCUUUAAUUAAAUAAAACAGAUUGUAUUCUAUAAUUAUGUACAGAUUGUAGGAAAUAGAUAUAAUUCAUGUUGCAAUAUAUUAAAUAGGACACAAUAAAAUGAUUUUAAAAAAUGUAGAUAUAGAGAGGUCAAAUGAAAAUGUAAUACAAAAAGAUAGAUGGAUAAUUCCAUUUCAUAGAUUAUUAUAUAUUAAUAAUGGCACCAAAUAAAAUGAUAUUGAACGUAGAUAAGAAAAGUAGACUUUUGUAACUUGCUUUCUAUUUCAGUUUAGAUCAGCUGCCCCCACAUUCUCCAUGCCUUCUGUAUGUUUAAUCCUGUUUCUUGUGGGUUCUUGCUGGCUCAGCAAAGGAUGCUGCCAAACCUACGAUAAACUAAGGGAACUGAACACAGAGUUUGCUGUCAGACUGUACCAAAAACUGGUGGAGAUUGAAAACAGGACCAAUAUAGUUGUCUCACCAAGUAGUGUGGGCAGUUCUCUUGGGCUACUGCAGUUUGGGGCCGGAGGAAAUACUUUCACCCAGAUGGAAAACACCCUAGGAUACAGCAUUCACGGUAAUGUAAUGUGAUAUUAAAAAUACAUGUUUAGAGUUAUGUAACAAAGGGGGGGAAAUGAAUCAAUAAACCAUGAAUUGGCAAUCGAUUUGCAACACUUUGGCGGGACAUCUGAUUUAGUCCUCAAUUUAUUAAGCAUUCCAAAUGAUUUACCUGCAAAAAUAUGGAUAGGAGAACUAUUAAUCUGCUUGGAAGAUUUAAGAGCGAGGAAAGCAAUAGCCUCUCCCCAGCUCCUUCACCCACAGGCCACAAUGCUUCUCCGACGGUUCCCAGUAGCCAAGUAUGUCUGGUAUCCCCCGAGAUGUCAGUUCUUACCCUGUGCUACUAAUGCAUGGUGUUGUGGUUCCAGGCUGUAGACCGAAAAUGUAGGAGCCCACUUGGCACACUUCUGGUCAGUUUGCCAGACAAGCUGCGCCCCCAUUGUCUGUAUUUUUAACUGAUUGAAGACUAUUGUAGCGGAGAUGCAAUAUUCCCCAGGUUGUCUCCGCUUAUAAUCCAAGUGAGGCUCAGGAACAAGUAAAUAAUAAAUCCAUAGGCAAAGUUUCCAGCAGGUAAAAUAACAGCAAUCUCCCCACAGCAAUCCCAAUAACUGGACGACACACAGUUUCAGGAGCAGAACUGCCAAGCCUUUAAUCACAGUCUCCUUAUAAAGCAUGCUCCCAUGCAAGGGAGGGAUUACAGUAAUUAUUACAGUAGCCAAUCCUGUCCUGGUAACCUCCCACACAUCUCCUCCCCUCAGCCAGCAUCAUAAUCCUCUUAUCCAGUACACCAAUUCCCCCCGUUUCUGGAUGUACCCCUAAACGUAGGGGUACCUCUUUAAAUCCUACAUCCCCUGGUAGCCCUGAUCUGGGUGAACAACAUAUCCAAAAACCACCCAGAUCAGACCAGGGGUUCGGGAAAAGUAUGGAGGGAAUAAAAUGACCGACCGCACGAACUGAGAUAGCCGAAUUCGGUUCCAUGUGAAUGGGCCCUGCGGUCGGUCCUGGCAUAAGGGAAUAAAAUACACGAAAACCUCUAGCUAUAGAGGCUAGGGAGGGUUCGCCUGAAUCCCCUCGUUCGGUAUUCUCUAUCUACCGAACGAGGGGCCGUUCGGUAGUUUGGAACCGAACGGACCAGGGCUGUGGAGGUCUCAGCGGUGUUCGCCUACUCGAGUGUCCGAUUUUAGUUCCAGACACUCGACGGCAAAACACCGCUGUUCGGGAGUUUUAAAAUGGCCGCCGCCACGUGUUCGUUUGUCGAAUGGCGGCCACCCCCGAGAACAAAGGACAGCUACUUACUGUUCAAUUACCCGUUCGCAACAAUGUUGCAACGGGUAAUUGAGGACACACUUCACACAGGGGAGGUCUGGUUGUUCGGUAGUUUCAUUCGAAUAAACUAAGGGAACGAAACUACCGAACAAUCACAAGAAUACAAGGCUUUAAAACACAUAGGAAACUACAGAUCACACGAAUGCAAUUAUUUCACAGACAUUUGCAGGACAGCCCAGUGCCAUCCGCUACAACUAUAAUUUUUUAAUCAGCCUGCACUAUCAACCAUCCCGAAAACAGAUUCAUAAUUUGCUGUUGUUUAAAAUAUCCAACGUAGAAUAUCUACUCUGACACAAAAUAUAGUAUCCCCUGGUACCCAAACCCAAGCCUUUAAACUUGAGAUGUCACUAUUAUUGUCACUAUUAUUAUUAGUAGUAUUUAUAUAGCGCCAGCCUAUUCCGUAGCGCUUUACAAUAUUAUCAGAGGGGGAGAUUUAAUAAUAAAUGAGACAGUUACAAAAACUUACAGGGACAAUGGUUUGAAGAGGACAAUGCUUGAAUUAACAUUCAGUCUAGAGUAGUUUUAACAAGGUAAACUCAGUUGGUUUAAGUGUUUGUUCGAAAAGCACUUGCCACACACAAAUCGUCUCUAACCACUGGGUAUUGGUUGUUUGGUCAUGCCUAUUCCAUAUAGACUCCCUGUGUUUAAUGUAAGGUCACAUAUAUUUUUCUAUGCUUCACAGAAUGUUGACCAUCUUUCAUUCCAGCAUUUUAGCAUUUCCAUUCAUAACAGAAAUUUGUUUGAGAUAACAACCAAGCCCUCCUGUGCGUCAUUGUAUCGAUUUUUGAAGACUAAACCCAAUGACCGAUACUUUGUUAUUGUUGAGGUCAGGACUCAUCUAUAAAGAGCGCUUUGAGCAGAGCAGGCUAGAUUGUAAAGAAAUAAAUCGAAUAUCUCCAGUGUUUAGAAGGUGCUGUUAAUGGCCUGUACUGCUUCUCAUUUCCUAGGGAUUAAUUGAUUUUAUUGAGUAAAUUCUGCAUCCCUGCCCAGUGCUAAAUGCUUUCUAAGAGUUAUUUAACAACUGCUUCAUCAGAUUGAUUUAUUCUACUGCAGGUUAAAUCUUUAAUUUAACACUUUAAAUGUCAGAGCAUUUAACAAAUGCAUUGUUAGUUCAGCUAGUGUUUGGUGGCCUUAUGUUAUUCUUAUAUUUUAUAGCAAUGCAUUUUAUCUUUAUAUUACUGUAGAAAUUUGUUGCAAAAAUGUUAAUGUACAGCAAAACCUUAUGUGUGAUAGUACUUGCAAUUAGCAUGAAAAAUACACAGUUACAAGAGAGGUUAUAGCAUAUGUAUGUUGUGACAUUAGGUUUGUAAAGAAAGAAGACACAGAAAGUUCAUGGACAGGAAGUUCAGAAUGUGUGGAAAUCCAAUGGAGAAAUUAGAUGGCCAAAUAUUUAUUAGUAAUUGUAGUGUUUUUAUAGUUUCAACAUUCCACACGAAUCUGCAGUCGUUCACAAUUAUUAAACAAUUAGUGGGAUAUAUAACUUAAAAUAAUUGGGGAGACAAGUACAAAAAGAGAAGAGGGACCUACCCAGAGAAGCUAACAAUAUAGUCUAGGAGACCAUAAUGGCAAAGGAGUGAAGGAACUGAUUGCUUUUAGGAAAAUUUGAUGAAGAUUAGUAGGCAAGUCUUGAGAGAGGGGUUUCAAAGGAUGUUUAAAGCUAAACUCGUUAUAAAUGGUUUGAUACUAAGAGACAAAGAAUUCUGGAAGACAGUAUCAGCUCAGUAGAUAAGGUAGGAGAUUCAGAUGGUACAGAGAUAGCAGAAGUCAAAACCAUGGACUGAUUGUUGUCUUGUUAAGAAGCUUAUUAGAAAUAAGCACAUUAAAAAAAAAGUUAAAUAAAUCUUACAAUAACAAUUUAUGUUUCUUACUCUCUAGAUCUGUUUUGCUUAUCUCCUUACACAGAUAAAACAGUUCAGGAUUUCAUGCAAAACAUCCACACAGAAUUGGAGAAUUCAAGCCAAGGCACAAUGAUCCAUUUGGCCUGCGCCUUGUUUGUACAGACUGGAAUCCCACUUACACCCUCUUUUACAGAGCAUGCAGCUCUAUGGGCAAACAGUGGCCUGCAGCGAACAAACUUCAGUGAACAUAACAGGACAGCAAUGCAGAUAAAUGAGUGGGUGACGAGUAACACCGGUGGUAUGUAACCCAAAAUUCACAUUGUCUGUCUGUCUGACAUCUUGUAUAUUGAAAGGAUAGGGCCAGCCUUGUAUAUUAUUUUUUUACAUAAACAUAUGUCCCUUUCAAACUACAUAAUCUUCAGCACUCUUACUGUCUCCGUCUUUUUCACAGAAUCAAAAGGGGAGAUUUUUCAAAGUGCUCUGUUGAAAAAAGUGGUCUAAUGUACAGGAAAUGGGGCAAUUACCAUUGAAACCAGAUGCAGGCACAUUCCAUUAACGACUCCACUCUUUUACAUCUUUACACCACUCUCUAGGUCCGGGCCUAAGCUGGUGCCUAAUGGGUGAUCUGGUUCUGAGACUAAUACAGAGAUUAUAUCAGCAAUGUGUAGACUUAGACAUAAAGGAUAAUCUGCCACUAGAAAUACCGUGUUUACCUGAAAAUAAGACCGGGUCGUAUAUUAAUUUUUUUUCCCCCGAAAUACUCACUAGGGCUUAUUUAUGGGGGGGUCUUAUUUCGGGGAAAAACAUGUGCUAGAAAGCAGGUCUAUGUUCAGGGGAUUUCCCCAAACAUAGACCUAUUAACUAGGGAAUGGAAUCCUGCAAAUCUAUGUUCGGGGAAACUUCCCCAAACAUAGAUAAUCUUAUUCGCGAAUGGAUUCUUGCGUAUAUAUGUUCGGGGGAAACCUCCCCCAAACAUAGAUAAGCUUACUUGCGAAUGAAAUUCCGCAAAUCUAUGUUUGGGGCAAAUUCCCCGAACACAGAUUAGCGAAUGACUAGGGCUUAUUUUCAGGGUAGGGCUUAUAUUAGGAGCAUCUCCCGAACAUAAGCUAUGGCAUAUUUUCGGGGGAUGUCUUAUUUUCGGGGGAAACACGGUAUAUACAAAGUUCCUGGACGCCACCUGGUAAUAGGAUUCUACAACUCAAAAAGGCGAAGAUAUUGCUAAAAUCAAAACCAAUGAAUUGAUAAAUAAACUGCAACUGUUCACAAUAAAACAUCUCUUCUUUUCAUAAAACUUGAUGCCAAUCAUGGCUUGAUAAUACAAAACUGCAUGCAGGGGCGGAUCCAGAACCAAAUCUCAGCAAGGGCACUUUAUUACAUUGACAAUCCAUCCAAACACACUCUGUUAUAAAAGUUGUGUUUUAAACUCGUUAUAUUCAAUGUAAAUUCUCCUUCCCUUCGCUUGUCCUAAAAGCGGGUACAAUGAAGAUAAUAAUGCAAGAUUUACAUUUUCAUCUAUUUCACUAAAUAAAAACAUGCAUUGAUGACCAGGGCUGGUGCAAGGAUUUUUGCCGCCCCCCAUAUGUCCUGCCCACCAUGUGACAUCACAAUGCCCUGCCCAUAUGCUCUGCCAUAUGGGCCAACGUCAGUCUGCACAAAGUGACUUUUAUCUGAAAAGACAGUGUGUUUACAUUAAAAAGCCUACAGGCACAGGCUAUAGACACCAGAACCACUACAUUAAGCUGUAGUGCUUCAGGUGACUAUAGUAUCCAUUUAAUGUGAGGUAAAUUAGAGAUUAGUGCCACUAAUAAUAUAUUGGAUUGCCUACAUACCACCAGAUGAGGACAAGAGGCUGAUGAUGGGCUCAGUCUGGCUCCACAGGUCUGGUGUAGAAGAGGCUUUCUGGAGACUGUUUGUAACAGUGCUCACAACAAUUAACGAACAGGAAGCAGCGCCAUUUUUUGGGGCCCCUUACACAGCUCAAGGUCUGGGCCCCCAGGGCUUGACCGUGAGUAUGCCUACAAUGCCCACCCAUAAAUACCUACAUGGCCCACCCAUGAGUUCUCUCACAGGUAGUGGAGUGUAUGUGUGUAGGGGAUGUUUUAUGUGUUAUUGUAGAGGAUGUAAUGUGUAUGUGUUCUUAUAGAAUGUAGUGUAUAGGGAUAUCAAUUUGUGUAAGGGAUGUAGUGUGUGUAUAGUGGAUGCAGUGUGUGUUUGCGUGUAAGGAAUGCAUUGUAUGUUUAUGUAUGUGUGUGUGUAAGGGAUGCAAGGUGUGUUUCUGUGUAUGUAAUUGAAUGCAGUGUGUUUCUGUAAGGGGUGCAUUGAGUGUGUAAGAGAUGCAUUUUGUUUCUGUGUGUAAGAGAAUGAGUGUCUUUGUGAGCGUAAGGGAUGCAUUGUGUGUUUCGGGUGUGUCUGUGUGUGAGUAAGGAUGCAUUGUAUGUUGUGUGUGUGUGUGUGGGGGGUGAAUUGUGUAUGUGUGUAGUGUAAAAGAGAGGGUUUGUGGGGUAGAAUAGGGACUGAGAGGGGAGCAGCUCUUUGUUUUGUUUUUAAAAAAUUCAUAGUGCUCUCCCCUCCUGUCAAUUAGUGAUUUCCCCUUCCCUCCUGUCCCUCAGUGUUCUCCCUUUCUGUCCCUUAGUGCUCUCCCUUGGCCCCCUGCCCCUCUGCAGUCCCCCCUUGGUGGUCUUCUCACUCCCCCCUCUCCCCUUUAGUGGUCCUCCCUCCCUCAGUGGUCCUUCCCCUCUUCUCCCCCUUAGUGGUCCUCCCUCUGGCAAACCCCUAGUGGACCUUCCCCCCUCCCUCUCCCUCAGUGGUCCUUACUCCCCCCUCCCUAUGUGGUCCUUAUGGAAAGAUGCGGAUAUCAGUACAAUAUUAAAGUGAGAGAAAAGGAAAGAUUGAAUAUUGUCAAAGAAGGACGUAUAAAGUAAAAUAAGAAGAUAACAUAAAUCUGAACGUUUUAGCACUCCAACUGAAAGAGGUAGCACUCCGGAGGAUGUGUAUCAAAAGUAGAAGUAGUAAAAGUGGUGGAACGUGGAAGUGGUUAGAUAUCCCGAAAAAACAGUGUCACAAAGACAUAGUUUACAAACGAGCAAGAAGAAGAACUACAUACUACACAGUGUCAAAAUUUGUCAAAAUGUCAAGAAGGAUUCAUAAAGAACAGUGAUCCUUAGAUUGAACACCAAUUCAAUAAUCUGUGGUUGGAGCUGCCACAGUAGAAUGGCAAAAGACUCAAGGGACUAUAUAUUAUAGAAUGUUGUCAGCCUGUUUUGGUUUUUGUAAAUAGAUCAACCUAUUGAAAUUAUUUUCUUGAUUUUAAUACACAGGUGGAACACAAACAUUGGAGCCAUCUGAAACCUUCGAUCCUGGAUUUACACAAAUAGCUAUUGUGAGCACAAUGUACUUCAAAAGCACUUGGAAAACAAAAUUCUCAUUCACAGACACGCAAACCCUGCCCUUCAUAAGUUCAGAUGGUUCAGUAGUGAAGGUUCCCAUGAUGCACCAGACGGCGGAUGUGAAUUAUGGUAAAGCAAAUUACUAUUCGUAUAUGACAGAAAUGGCUAACGUUGAUAAUAUGGCACAAUUACUUUUCUCCUAUUAGCGUUAUCAGCCUAAAUGCCAAUAUCGGGAUAGUUUGUGGAAGCCAAAGCAUUACAUGGCAAUAUUGGGUAACAAAAUACCCUUUUUUUUGGUUCAGAUGAGUGUUUGUAUGAAACUUUGAUAGAUCUAUCUUUUUAUAUGGGGCUAUUCCCCUAUAUACUUUUUUUUUAAUUCUUUAUUUUAUUAAGGCAUAUGUGAUGGAUACAGAACGAAUAUAGGGAAAUGCAUUUAUGAGUUACAUCGUAGGGUUAAUACAGCAAAACAUUUGGUUAAUUACAUUUCCAGAGUGUUAAUGCCUCGAGUUUUUUAUAUUUAUGUGUCGAUUAAUGGUAGCAUCUUGUAACCAGGCUGAGGAGAAUGACAGUGAGUCGAGUGUGAUAUAUUCAAUGAGGCUAGUGCCUCGCUGUCGUACUUUGUCGCUUUGGGCCCGUUUAAGUAUUGCACGGUAUGCUAUUCCCAUUGUCUAUGCUGUUGUUGUCGUUAAGGUAUGGCUAAUGCUCUGCAGGUUAGCCUGAGGGCUUGUCGCUGUAAGUCAUGCUAUGUGGGCAUAAGCGUGUGAGAGUCAGGAGUUUAAAGCACCUAUUAGGUAGCAUUAACAUCAAGCGUUUAUACAUUAACCGGUUCAGCUGUCGCUGGCUAAUAUCAAAAACAACCGGGUUAGACAGAUAAUACUUAUGGAGUUGGCAGAUACUCCCCUCCUUUACCCCUUUAAAACAUGACACAGUACCCUUAUCAAAACCAUUAUCAAACCUGUCUAUAUCGGUAGAUGAGUGGUCAGAGUGAUGUCCCGAACGGUUCGCCACGAACGGUUCGCCACGGACUCAUCAUUGAGUAAACUUUGACCCUGUACCUCACAGUCAGCAGACACAUUCCAGCCAAUCAGCAGCAGUCCCUCCCUCCCAGACCCUCCCACCUCCUGGACAGCAUCCAUUUUACAUUCAUUGUGAAGCUGCAUUCUUAGUGAGCUGUCCAGGAGGUGGGAGGUUCUGGGAGGGAGGGUCUGCUGCUGAUUGGCUGGAAUGUGUCUGCUGACUGUGAGGUACAGGGUCAAAGUUUACUCAAUGAUGAGUCCGUGGCGAACCGUUCGGCGAACCGUUCGGGACAUCACUAGUGGUCAGUAAUAGUUGUGGAUACUAGCCACUGAUAAUCUGGAUUGUAAGAUAAUGAUUACUCCUGUUAAUGGAGUGUCACAUAAAGCGUUAGUGUCAGAGUAGUCAGAUAAUUGUCGGGCUGAUGUCUCUAAAGGUAGGUAUAACAGUGGUCUAGCGAAUUAUCAGAUAGUAAUUUAUCAAAGCCACUAAAUCCCCCAAGGCUGCAAACACUAUACUUGCUUCAGCUGUCUAUGUAGAUAUAAUGUUAAUAAAAGAAUAUAACCAACAGUAAUAGAACAAGGACAGUUGUUCAGCAUGUGCUUGGAGGUAUAUACUUAGGUCCCAUACGUGUUAGAGACAGUGUAUCUCCCAGGACCUUGGGCUUGGUGUUUUCAUGAUGUAGUCAGCCUAUUCCCUGCAUUGGGAAGGUAUAGUCCUGCAUGACGUCUUGAGGCUUAUAUUUCUUCUGGUCCCGAUUUAAGCUGGUCUGCAGACCUGUACAGUGAUCGAAGCUGGAUGGGAGCGAGGUGUUGCAGUCCUCUGGGCCCCGCAGUUGCCAGGUGGGGUCGCAUGGUCAUGCUCUUCUGUCGUGCUUUAUAUCCCAUGUGGGUGUUUGGUUUCCCGCGUUGGGGUAGAUUGCGCCGCUUGGUCCGCCGCCAUUUUGAGGCUCGGGUUGCAGUCCGGGCUUUCAGGGGCUUUCUCCCUUGUUGGGUCAGCCUGUGGGGCAUAUGGCUGCCUGUCGAUUGUGGGGCAGGUGGGUGAGCUCUGCCCUCUAGCUUGCGCCAGAAAUUUGCGAGUAGCUCGUCUAGUUUGCACUGGAGGUCAGGUGGCUGUCCUCCCUUGUCAGGGGUUCUCUGUGCCACCAUUUUGCAGGUGGUAUCUGUUUUGUUGUGUACUUGGGCAGACAUGCCCCCAGACCCUGCAGCACGGCUGACAGGUGCUGGGAUUUGAACAUGCUCUGAUGGACCCUGCGAGGGUAUUGGAACCCGGGGGCAGAGGGAUCAGCCAUCUCCCUCCACCCCACAUGUAGUAGGCCUCCAUUCUUCCGUGGUCCAGAACCGCCACGCGCCAGUCAAACUCCGGUGGAUUAAUGUGCUUGAGGACUCACACAGUCGCUGUAAGUGUUACAAGCUUUGAUUACUCGAUUUUAAUCAUCGUUAGUCGAUGUUUUAGGCUGUUUUUCCCCGGCUGGCUCGGCAGUUAGGCUCACCUCUAUACUUUUCAUAACUUGGUCUUUUGAUCUAUGCACUAUUAAUACACCUAUUCAGAUGACGAUUUCCCUUCUUUACCUUUUUUGUAUUGUUUAGCUCCUGAGUUGCAGGUGACGGUUUAGAAAACCCUUAACAUAAUAAUUUAGAGAUAGUCAUUCAAUCAUAACAAAGGGCAUUGCUCCAAGUGCGCUUAAAAAGCCCAUGGUCUGAUUUUGUCACCAUUUUGUUGUUAGCCUUUUGAAAAAUUACAAUUGGAGUUGUUAUUUCUCUUUCAAUAUUACAAUUUGUAAUACUGAUUUAAUAACCUGCUCUACUGAUCCUCUCAGUUAUGUAAUUGCAAUUUAUUCAAUUAUAUGCUGCUUUAAUAUACAAUAGGCAGAGUGUUGAAAUUGAAAUACAGGACCAUACAUUUUACCUUUGGAAAGAAGACCCUGGUGUUUUACCACUUUGCUACACCCCAAUCAUCACUAUCGGCCAGUUAUUGUUCAGUUACCAGAGAUGAAGUUCAUAAAAUUCAGUUCUGCUUCUACUAUUAGAGAAUCUUCCUUAAAAAACAUGGUUGAGAAACUGAAAAUAACCUUGUAUAUCAUUACAUUGCAACUACAGCAAUAUCUUCAAUUCAUUUAAAAUUAGAAACAUAAUUUGAUGGUGAAACUGGUUUUAUAAAUUGUCUGAAUCAGUUGAUCAAAAGAAAUAGGAACAAAAAAAUACUCCUACGCUAUUAGCGAGAUCGAAACGUUACUUACCACUGCGCACUAGGAGGGUCCAUGGCACGUUUACCACGGGUAAACUUUUCAGGGCUUAAUUUUCAUUUGCAAAUGGCUAGUGGUCGAGUGGAUAUUUUGAGCCCAGUGAAAAUAAUAUUUAAAGGAUCACUAUAGGGUCAGGAAAACAAACAUGACCCUAUAGUGUUAACACCACCAUCUUGCCCCCCGUGCCCUCUCAUGCCUCCAUAAAUACAGUUAAAAUCUUACUAUAUUCAAGCCUGAAGCUUUAAAUCUGCAUGCUGUUAGACUCAGAAAAACAAGCAGUCUGCUGACAUGUGGUAGUCUGAUCCAAUCACAGUGCUUCCCCAUAGGAUUGGCUGAGACUAACAAGGAGGCAGAUCAGUGGCAGAGCCAGCAUGCUUCAAACACAGCCUUGGCCAAUCAGCAUCUCCUCAUAGAGAUGAAUUGAAUCAAUGAAUCUCUAUGAGGAAAGUUCAGCGUCUGCAUGCAGAGGGAGGAGCUACUGAAUCACAGGAUGCUGUGCACAGUUCUGCCCUGUGCUCUGCUGACAGCAAAUCUGAGUGGAUGGAGGCAUAUUAUACAUCCAUCAACUCCGAAGUCCCUCUGGUUCACUCUGAGUUACUGCAACUGGAGGUGUUCCUAGCUUUCAAUGUAAACACUGUAUUUUCUCAGAAAAUACAGUGUUUACAUGAGAUAGGCUGCAGGGAGCAAUAGUUCUCACCUGAACAACCUCAUUAAGCUGAAGUUGUUCAGGUGACUAUAGUGCCCCUUUAAGAAUUAUCUAAAUGCGUUUAAAAAAAAAAAUCUAAGAAUAAUUUUAAUAAUUAAUAUAUUUAUAGGUCAAUUUGAAACCAAAUCUACAGAAAAGUUUACAGUGGUUGAACUGCCUUACCUUGGGAAUACUGUCAGCAUGUUUGUGGUGCGGCCCACCAACAGAAACGCACCGCUAUCCUGCAUUGAGUCAAACCUGACUUCAAAGAGCAUUGCAUUAUGGACCAGCAGUAUGAAGAGGAUCAAAAUGGAUGUUUUCUUGCCCAGGUAAGUAACCAGUGUGGAUGGAAAUGGCUCCUUGUAUCGGAGUGCUGCUUCCAAUUCAGCUCUAAGACUGAACAAGGAGAUUGGGCAGGGGCACAAACAACACAUAAAUUCAGUGCUCUGGGUACCACCACCCCCAGCUUCUCAAAUUGCAACUGCAGAUAAUUUAAUAGAUAUUUAGUAUAUUGCUGAAACAGCACCAUACUAAUAUCAGCAUCAUCAUUUAUAUAGCGCCAAUAUAUUACGGAGCACUUCACAAUUAUAAAAUGGGGAUAUAGUUGACAAGUGUUUUACAUACGGAAUAUAUCAGAGACAAGAGGUGAAGAUGGCCCUGCUCAAACAAGCUUACAGUCUAUAAGCAAGGGGUAUAGGGAUUGAUGGAUAAGAUACCUGUGUUGAAAUAAACUAGUAAAAGUGAUGCAUGGAAUAACUGAACAGUGACAGGGGAGAGAGUGAACUGGGCUAUGGAGGCGAGGGAAGUGAAAUAAGAGAAACGUCACCUAGGAAGACGGUAAGCUUUCCUAAAGAGGUGUGUUUUCAGUGACUUCUUAAAAGACUGGAUGCUAGAGGAGAGUCUGACAGCAUGGGGUCUGCAAAUUCCCAAGGAACAGGACAGUGCUAAAAAGGUCUUGUAGAUGAGAGGAGCAAUUAGGAAGUGAGCAGAUAUCAAGGGAAGGUCAUUUGCAGAGCGAAGGGAACGAAGAGGGGUAUAUUUGUUGAGUAAAGAGGAAAUGUAGUGAGGAGUGAAGUUAUUGAUGGCUUUGUAGGUUUGUGUUAGCAGUUUGAAUUUGAUCCUGAAAGGUACGGGAAGCCAAUGUAAUGAUUGGUAAAGGCAUGAGGUGUAAAAGUAGCGGUCAGUCAGGAAACUGAGCCUGGCUGCAGCAUUCAUUACAAACUAAAGAGAGGGGCAAUGUAGGUGUUUGGAAGGCCGAUGAGUGCAUGAACAUAUGCCUUAAUUGUAUCUUGAGUUAGAAAAGGGUGAAUGUGAGCAACAUUUUUAAGAUGGAAGUUCUUGGAUUUGGAGACAGUCUGGAUGUGAGAAGAAAAAGCAUGAGUCAAAAGUAACACCAAGGUAACAAGAUUGAGGGGUUGUGGUCAUGGGCGUCCGCAGGAAUUUUUCCAGGGGGGGGCAUAAUUGUAAUGACAUCCAUGCUUGGAACCUUUUUGACAGUGUCAUGAAAGGGAAGGGGCAUAGCCAUUAUCACAUAAAGCCAGGGUGAAUAGCGUUUUCACAACUAUGGUGUCAGGAAUAUAUGUUUGUAUUAAUGACACUAUAGUGUUCCUUUAAGCAAAUUAAAGGACAUUUCUGGUCACCAUAACAACUUCACCUAAAUGAAAAUGCUAUGAUGCCAGGAAGCCCCUGGGUGCUAGUUUUCCUUUAAGGGGUUAAAUCACUCUCAAAUGGUUUAACCCCAAAGGCUUCCUCCAGCUCCAGGUCGCUCAGUGGUAUUUGGCUUCUGAAACACUGUCAGGAAGUGCAGAUUGACGUCAGGCAUGGGUGCCGCUGAUUGGCUAGAGUGGACAGUUGACACUCUAAGCCAAUUGCUAGUUCCCGGUUCAUAAAAUAUUUGUACUUUUUUAUGAAUGGGGAGCUACUGAUUGGCUUAGAGUGCCAGCUGACCGCUCUAGCCAAUCAGCAACACCCCUACCCACGGCACUCUGUGCUUCCUGACACUCAGUAAAUAAAAGUGAACACAUUAACACCGAUAUUUUUUUACCUUUGGAGAUGAGAAGGUCCAGCGUUUCCCUGCCUGGCCCAGGUACCAAAGCCUUAUGAUGUGGUGUCCAGAAUAAAGUGGAGGGUUCACUUCAUUUGUUCUUCCUGCUCCAAUCUCCUUUUCCUCUCCUUCAUUUGACAGUCUUUUUUUUUUCUUCUGACAAUGUUUUCUAUCCUUGGCCCCUUCUGCUCUUUUACCUUUCUGCUACUUUCUGCUUAUUUAGCGCCCUUCUGCUCCUUUCUCAUUCUGAUCCCUUUCUGCUCCUUGCAGACCCUUUCUGCUCCCUUUUCUACUUUAUCUUUGUGCUCCUUGCUGUCCCUUUGUGCUCCUUCUCCUACUUUACCUUUGUGCUCCUUCUGAUUCUUUCUGCUCCUUUACCUUUGUGCUCCUUCGUGCUCCUUGCAGGCCCUUCCUGCUCAUUCUCCGAUUUUACGUUUGUGCUCCUUCUGCCACUUCCAGCUCAUUUCUGACCCUUUCUGCUCCUUCUACUUUACCUUUGUGCUGCUUUACCUUCCAGCUCCUUGCUGACCCUUCCUGUUCAUUUCUGUUCCUUUGUGCUCCUUCUCCUACUUUACCUUUUGUGCUCCUUGCUGUCCCUUCCAGCUCCUUGCUGUCCCUUCCAGCUCCUUGCUGCCCCUUUCUGCUCCUUGAUGUCCCUUCCUGCUCAUUUCUGUUCCUUCUCCUUUUCUUACUUUACCUUCCUGCUCCUUGCUGACUCUUCAUGUAGGCUGUCUCCCCCAUCCCUCACUUCCAUAGGCGUGUGCACGGGGUGUGUCGGGUGUGCAUGGGCACACCCUAAUCCCCGCGGCACGACGAUGCUAUCCGAGCGGCGGCUCUGGUCUAAGCCUCCAUGGGCCGGUGGGGAGAUCAAAGUUCUACCUCACCGGUCCACAGCAGCAUGGAGGGAGGCAGCAGAGAACCCGGGCUAGAGUUCACUCUCCACUGAACCACCAGGGAAGGCAGCAGGACUGGGAUAAUAACUAAUCUGCCCCCACCUCCACCCAAACAUACAGCUCACACACACAGCACACACAGCCCCAACACACAGCACCCACACACACCCAGCACACUAACAGCAUCCUCACAAACAGCACCCUGACAAACACACAGCACACAAACAGCACACUAACAGGACCCGAACAAACACGCACACACAAACACCCUCUCACACACACACACACACACACACAGCACACUACCAGUUCCCUCACACACAGCACACAAACAGCACCCUCACACAUAGCACACUAACAGCACUCUCACAAACACACACAAAAACACCCUCACCCACAUAGCACACUACCAGCACCCUCACACAGCAGUAUAUAUAUAUAUAUAUAUAUAUAUAUAUACACACAUACAUAUACAUAUACACAUGGCGUGUGUUUGUGCUUUAGGGUGCACACCCUAAUGCAAUAGGCUGUGCACACCUAUGCUCACUUCCCUAAUCUAUAGGCUGCCCCCCCAUGCCUCACUCCCCUAAUCUACAGGCUGCUGCCCCCCAGCCUCACUCUCCUAAUCUAUAGGCUGCUGCCCCCCCAGCCUCACUCCCCUAAUCUAUAGGCUGCUGCCCCCCCAGCCUCACUCCCCUAAUCUAUAGGCUGCUGCCCCCCCCAAAAAAAAAAUCUAUAGGCUAUCUCAAACCCUCCUCCCUCCCCCCACUUACCUGAUCUGUAGGCUGUCUCUGGCUGCAUGUGUUGUUCCCCUGCGGUUUCAAUCAGCAGAGAGAAGCAGGGAUAGAUGCAGCUUCCUAGCCCUGUCGCUCUCCAUACACAGCGCCACCUACUGGCCGGCGCCGGUAUUGCAGUUCAUUUUCAAUCACAGGAAAAAUAGCAGAACAAGCUGAAAAAUCCAGGGGGGGGCAAGUGCCCCCCCUUACCCCCCCUGCGGACGCCCAUGGUUGUGGUAACAGAUGUCCCAUUGACUUUCAGGGAGAUUUAUGGAGGAGGAUUACCUAAGGGGGGGGGAUGAGGAGUUAAGUUUUAGAAAGACUACAUUUCAGAAAAUGGGAAUACAUCCAAUUAGAGAUGGAAGGAAGGCAGAUUUUAACGCAUUCCAGGAGAGCAGGAGAAAGAUAAAUCUGUGUGUUGUCAGCAUAUAGAUAAUACUGAAAUUCUAAAUUGAUAAGAGUUGAUAAAAUUAGAGAGGCAGUGUAGAUGGAGAAUAAAAGAGGACAGUGCUGAGAGGAAGUGAAUUCAGGUCACUUGAUCCCAGUUAACAGAGUGCCACAAGGGGAGGCAAAAGAUGCAGAAGGGGCGGGGGGAAAUGCUUGGCCCAGACUCCAGAAACACCAAACAGCCAGAUGCACUGGGUCCCAGGAAAAAAAAAGGAGGGUGGUGAAAAAUAUGGAAAAUUAUAACUUUUACAGGUGCGUGUCAGUGUGCAACUGUAAGUGUAUGUUUGUGUGGGUAUGUGCAUACAUCGGAGCAUUCAAACAACAAAACUAUGUACAAACAUCCCUACUUUCUAAACACCAACACUACAAACAAAUAUACCAUAACAAUUAAAUUGCAACACCACAGCCUCUCUCUGUAUUAGUUCUGCCACUGUUUAGAUGUCCUGUAUUUUAUCUGUGGAUGUUAUUUGUGGCCAGCCUGGGUGCAAUUUGCUUGACAAAUCACAACUUAUUGAAAGUCCACAUACCUGCAAAUGGUGGGUUACAGUAGCUGGAGGAACAGAUUAUCUUUAUUUAUGAAAAUAGACUGUUCAAUAUUGUUUGAAAAUGUAUGAAUGUUAUUUUGACAAAAUCACAAUCUCAGUCUCUGACCCUUACUUUCAGAUUCAAGCUACAAAGCUACAGUGAUUUAAAGAUGGUUUUGCCAGCUCUGGGUGUGUCUGAUCUGUUUGACCCAAGAAAGGCAGAUUUUAAGGGAAUAUCAGGUAUUUCUAAAAUCAUCUACUUUAAUUGCAAGAGCUCUGAGCAUGCUGUCCCAGUUCCAGAAUAACUAUUCUUGGGAGUAGUCAAACUAACAUUUUCAUAAGAUUAAAUUUUGGUGGAUAUAUGCCUCAAGUUGCCAGGUUCCAUGCCCACAUGGUUUAUCCCACACCUGAUGUCUAGUAGGUUGAAGUAGGAAAACAUGGUCUUCAAUAGCUUAGAUCUCUUUCCAUCCAUGUUUUAAGUUAUUUCGGUGGCAGUGUAUUUAUCUACAUUUCAUGUCCAUAACAGAUGUAACAAACAAUUGACCAGUAUUACAUAAAGUAGCAUAAGUGCACUAUUUAUAUAAAAUUUAUACCAGUGGUUCAAUGUACUUGAAUACUGAAAAAGAGGUCCCUGCCCUACAAAUGUGAAUUUGGGAUAUCAUCACUGUGUGGGCAGUCAAACAGAGAUCAGUUUGUAUGAAAGAGCAGGGGAAGAGUAAAAAUAAAAAUAAAAAGACCGAUUCUUGAGUUGCUAUGUCCCUCCUAUCUCCUAUCCCUUUUCAGGUAGGUGUUAGAAGGGUCUGGAUAGAAGUGGUGGCAUUUAACCCUGUGAUCUGGGGUCAGAUGACAUUAAAAUAGCAGUGUUGGAAUUAUCUACCUUCAAUCUUUUUUUAGAGCAAGGCAACCUGUACAUUUCUCAUGCGAUCCAUAAAGCAGAGAUUGAGGUGUCAGAAGGAGGUACUAGAGCAUCAGGUGUUACAGGUAAGUUUAGUACACAGUCCUGUAACUAUCCUACUAUGAGAACCUAAUCUCCAUGCUUUAUCGUCUGAAACAUCUUGAGAUAUAAGUGCAAUGCAAUAUAAAUUAGAAAUGUAACGGUUUAAAAUUCCAUUCUUACAGCUAUGGUGUUACUGAAAAGAUCCAGAAUGCCUGUGUUUAAAGCAGAUAGACCAUUUUUAUUUUUCUUAAGACAAUCCAGUUCAGGUACUGUAUCCAAUUACAUUGUUUCAAUAAUAAUAUGUUCCACACUUAAGUUUUAAGUAAUUUAACUCCAUGCCAAUCUAGAAAUAUUGAUGGGUCCACCAUCUGAUUUCCCUUGGGAAACCACUUAACUGUGAAACGCACAGGGGUGGGAGGAAUAAAGUAUAUAUAUAUUAUAUAUAGAUAAAAAUAAAAUGCUAUGUCUGAGAAUUCUUCCAAAUUUGAUAUUUUGGUUUAAAUGAUCUAUUCAUUUGUUUGCUCAUUACAUUUGUAUAAGUAAAGAAAUAACGGCUUUGAAGGAUUAGCCUAAAUUAUGCUGGUCACUUGACACUUCUCCCUGCUCAUUUUUAUUUUUUUUGUUUAAUAAACUCUUGUGUAAGGGCUGAUGCGUCAUAAUAGGUAUACAGAAUUAGGGUGGUGGAGACUGAACAGAAAUAGAGGGUUAAAAGAGGCGGAAGGGUAGUAGGGAGAGCUACAUACCCCAACACUUUGUGAAUAUUUCCUUCCUCAGCUAAUUGGAUUUUCUUAUUCUUUUCAGGAGCAAUACUUUUCAUUGGAAGAGUAACUAAUCCGUUACAUUAAAUAGCCUUCACAAGCGAUGUUUCUGAUGUGGAUAGAUUUUGAAAUGCAAUCUGUG